AUGGAGCACAUGGACCGGCUGUACGAGAGCCCCUUUGCGAUCCCCCGUGAGGAUGUUCAGGCGCUGCUCGGGUCGGAUGGGUUUGUGCUGCUGAGGAGCUGUCUGGCUGGCGACGCUGACUUCUGCGACUUCCACGCCGCGUCCGACUCUCAGACGCGAGAGACAUGGCUGCUCCACCGCGACCUGCUGCACGCGCUCGUCAUGCCUGUGGUGGAGCUGCAGCGCCGCGCAGAGGCGCUCGCCAGCACUGCGCUGCGCACGGCCAAGAGUGAGGACCUGGAGCUCGCAUUUGCAGGCGAGGCGCGUGGCGCGUUUGUCUGGCUGCAAUGCUUCGCGACGGGCGAGGAGGCAGAUUGGUGCCGCACUCGGGGGUGUCCUGCAUGCAUAACGACCCUGACCCUCUCCACCGAAUCCCACAUCCGCCUCACCAUCGCCGCAUCCCUCGUCUCCACGUCCUCCCUCGCGUCUCCCCCCUCCUCCCCCGCCGCCUCGGCAUCCUCCUCGCGCGCCUCCUCCCCUGCGACCGAGGACCCCCCACAGCACCCACAGGACACGACGUCUGCGCCGGCGCUACCACCCAUCCCGCACAUCCUCCCCGCGCUGCGCGCCGCCCUCGCACAAGACCCCUUCUGGGGCCCCACGUACUGGCCGUACCUCCUCUCGCGCGCGACACAGCUGUCCGGCGGGAUACAGGCGCUGAUUGCGGACUGCGUGGAUCUCGAGGCGCUGGUGGCCGCGCCGGCGUCGCCCACGGGCCCUGCCAAGGCGGUAGGGCCCGAGGAACGCGGCCUGAGGUUGAGGAAGAGCAAACUCGCGCAACGGCAGCUGCGAAUGAAGGGCGAGGAGACGGCGUAUAUGCGGCGGUGUGCGCUGCAGACGUGGGCGAGGGCAAAGCUGCCGAGUGCGCUGCGGGGGAAGCUACUGGGGCUUGAAGACGGGGUGAGAGGGAGGAGGCUGUCGUGUCCGUAG